ACCCUUUGCCUUAUAAAUUCGUAUGCACAAAUACAUAAACAACAAUUAAUUACAACAAGCUUUUUCUCUCUUUCUCUAUUCUACUAAUCUUGUCACGUACCUUUUGGCUAAUCAUUUUUCGUUUAUCGUUGUUUUACGGACGGAUUACAUCCAAACGGGGAGUUAUUUGGUUAUGAUGGGUGUGACCAACAGGUGCUCACAUACUUCACAUAUCACAGAGAUCAUCAUAACAAGCUUUUUUCGCCACAAGAUUUAUUAAACUAACUAAGCCCUUCUUUCAUAUAAUAUAAUUCACAAAAAAAAUUAAGGACCUUAUAUUGAUGAUCAGCAAAAGUUAUGGUUGAUUGAGUAUGUAGUAAUACCAAAUUUGUGGUGUAUUGUAUGUAUUGGUAACAUGGCUGCUAGGAGCUUUCUUUAUGGCGGUGAUUCGAGUUUUAACCCUGGUCUGUUAACAAACAAGAGUGUUGCUUCUUCUUCUUCUAAUUGUAAUAAGCACCCUCUUGAUGCCCUUUUUGUCUCUGGUUCCUCUCAUUCUUUUCUAGGUUCCAGAUCAAUGGUUAGUUUUAAGGAUAACGGAAACGGAUCAAGAAGCACGUUUUUUCAAACAUUCGAUCAGGAAGAGAAUGGAGAUGAUGAAUAUGAUGAUUACUUUCACCAUCCCGAGAAGAAAAGGCGUCUCAAAGCGGAUCAAGUUCAAUUCUUGGAGAAAAGUUUUGAGACAGAAAACAAACUUGAGCCCGAAAGAAAAAUUCAGCUUGCAAAGGACCUUGGCUUGCAGCCUAGACAAAUUGCAAUUUGGUUUCAAAACCGCCGUGCACGUUGGAAGACCAAACAGCUUGAGAAAGACUAUGAUGUUUUACAAGAAAGCUACAACCAACUCAAGGCAAAUUACGAAAAUCUUCUUCAAGAAAAAGAAAAACUAAAAUCCGAGGUUCUUGAUCUAAAUGAAAAACUAUCAAUGCAAGAGACGGAAAAGGGUACUUCUGAUUCAUCAAGUACCAAAAGCCCAUUUGACCCAUUACAACAAGAACAGGUUACAGACUGUAUGAAUGAUGAUGUUGCUAUAAAAAGUGUUGUGAGCGAUUCGAGCAGCCCCGGUUAUGGGGUCCAGUCUCUAUUGGAACGUGGUGACUCGUCGUAUUUGUUUGAACAAGAUCAGAGUGAUGGAUCUUUAGAUGAAGAAGAUAAUUUGGACAAGAUGUUUGUGAGUGGCUACAUGUUACCCAAGAUUGAAUGUGGCGAAUACCCGAAACUAGAUGUUGUGAAAUCUUGUUACCUUGGAAUCCCUUGUCAAGACCAUGGUGAUGAUCAUGAUCAAGACCAAUCUUUUGGCUUUUGGUCUUAUUGAGUUAAACUCAUGGACAGAGUUAAUUAAUUAAGUUUAUAUAUGUAAUAUGUUUUAUAUCUAUCUAUCUAUUGUUAUAUAUGUUUCUCAUGAAAUUUUCCUAGUAUGGUGUAAAAAGGAAUAAAAUCCAACUUGUUACAACACCCUCGCAUCAAAAUUCAUGAGUGGUGAUGUUGGGUCUUUAUUUUGCUUGUAUUUUUCAUCUUGAAAACAAGCCAUACCUAUUGUAAACAUCUAUUUUUGUUGUACUUUGUACUGGUUACUUAUUCUUAUUCUUACUAUUGUAUCAUCAUUAAUUAAUUAUACAUCACUUCAAGGUA